GCGAGCAUGGUGAGCCAUUCAUCUCACAGACACGUCCAGCGUCAUGCACACGACAACGAUAUCCAUUGACAUCACACACAUCGUCCGGAUCCAUCCCAUCAGAAGGUGCGUCCAUCACUACAACUACCCUCCCUCUGCUGCUUAUCUAUCAGCUGCCUGUCUACUCCACCAUCCAUCCGUCAUUCGGCCACGCCUGCAGCAGCUGACGACGAUGGGGUGGCCGCUGCCGCAGCAGUAGCAGGACCUACAGACAGGCACACAACCAUCGAAGGUCCGUUCACACUCAUCAAACAUUUCUUAUGUGUGUUCUCUCGUGACGCUGACCACCACCAGUACCAGCAGAGGGGACAGCUACCAGCUGGUUCCCAAACAGCAGUUGUACGUCCGUCCCCAACUGCUGACGCACCAGCUGCACCGUCUGCGGGAAUCGGGCGGCACCACUCUGGCCCGCCGCAGGACGCUCCGUCGUGUAGAGGUUGGCGAACACACUGUCGGGGUAGAGGCCGAUGAUGUGGAGAUGUGCCUUGAAUGAGUGAUCGGGCUGGUCUCCGUGCAGCACUAUCACGCGGCCUUCAUGUUGUCUCAUCAGCUGUCCGACCGAGUGGCCCGUGCUGGUUGUGUGAAGCUUGAACCGCUGGAGAGAAAGAGAGACAACAUGAGGGCAGCUCAGCUGGUGAGGCGGUUCGUGUGCGUGGGGCUGGCUGACCAGUCGAUUGCAGCGUGUGAGAUGCCCUUGCUGGACGACAUUGUGGAACGCGACGUUCGUUCCUCCAUAGCGCAAGCUGAUCACACGCAGCAUAGCAGAGCGACGCAGCCGGUGUGUAUAUGUGUCUGUAUGAAUCUGUUACGUUACUUGUCCAGCACAACGUCGCGAAUCGACGCAAACUCAUAAUCUGCAGGCAUGCAGACAUACACACCCGACCAUCCGAGAUGAUCCAUCACCAACCCACGUCUCUCCCUCCUCCUCACCUUGAUACACACACACGGGGUUGGCCCGGUCGAAUCUAUCGCGGCGUCUUCGGGUGGGGAUGGUGAGCGGAUGCCCGCCCAGCAGCUCCUCGCCCUUGACGCGCCGCAGCGCCAUGCCAAGGUGGCGGCCGAUGAGUGAGAGCUGCCGCAGCGCCUCACACCGGCUGUCGUACACCCACCGGCUGCCCACCCCCUCCACAUCGCCACUGUCCAGGUAUAUCGGCAACUUGCCGCCGCCCCGCCCCUGAUGCUUCGCCACCCUAAUGAUGGGCUCCCAGCCCUCCCACUCGCCGCUCUUCUGAAUGAUGUACAGCAGCCGCAGCAGGUGACCGAUGGAUGCCAGCUCGUAGCUGAUGAUGCCUUUGAGGCCCUUUGCAGCAAGCUCAGCGUCGAUCUGCGUCUUCACAUAUGCCACCGACACACGUCGGCUGCCGAGUGCGCAGGUGCUGUGGAGGUGGGACAGGCCGCCGGGGCCGAGCAGAGGGAAAAAGACGUCACGCUCUACGUCCGAUGGCAGGUCGAAUAGGCGAAGCUGCUGGCCCUGCUGAACCGCAAAUGGAGGCGGAGUGAGAGGUGUGUGUGUCAUCUGUGUGUCUGUCUGGGUGUGUACCGUGUUGCUGUCAUUCUGAUCUCGAUGCGCACUCUCAACUAAUGUAAAACCCUCAUGCACCUGGACACACCACAACACACACAUACAUACACGCACACAAGGUGGAUCCUUCAGCAGCCACCGGACCAAUCGGCACAUGAGAACGCCUGCCUACCUGUGGGCCGUGCGGCGAUGUCUUGGCCAUGUCCGGCACCACCACAACGAGCUGCUCACGGCGGCCGUCCACCAUCUCUUUCUCAGUCAUAUACACUUUCGUCGCCCCACCGACAUCCUCAGUGCGAGCCAUAGCAGCCGUCACCCACUCCUGCUUGCCCUUCUCACGCUUGUUCGUCACCAUCCACACACGAGUGCCUUUCUUGUAGCGCUCGUGGGACGACGGCAACGUCUGACAUGCACAUGGAUGGAUGAAACCAACAAACAACAAACAAACAAACCAGCCAUGUGAAUGAGUGAGUGAAUGAAUGGGUGAAACGGAUGUACCUGUUGCUGCGGCAAGUCUGCAGCAGCGGAUGACGACGACGCUGCAGCAGCUGCCAUGGCUUGGUCAAAUACGACGCACGCCUGACGCACGCCAGAGGAUCAGGCACAUCCCUCUCGGCAUCCAUCCAUCCUUCUCGUGCAAUCUCCUUGCUCACCGGAGUCACCGGAAGAUACGAUGAAUGUGGCCUCUCAAGUCACCGAGAAAGCUUCUCAUCCCG